GUUCACCUCUCUGUUCUUCAGUCUCGGCAACACUCUUCCAUGCCAUCGCUUGUUACACUCUCCGCACGGCGGUCCAUUCCAGCCUACCAUGACCCAGGCCAUUCGUCUCCUAUCCCACGGUCCAUUCUCCGCUCCUAUCGCUACGGCCGCAUCGCUCUCAUUGAAGACUCCCGAUAUUACCGAUCCGUUCUCUGGCGCACAUUUGACAUAUAGCACCGAUGGCCUCGACACUUUUCCAGCUCCUUCAGCCUAUGCUUCAAGAAGACACGCCUGGGUGCAUAUCUUCCCCGAAGGAAGGGUUCAUCAGAAAGAGGACAAGACUAUGCGUUACUUCAGAUGGGGUGUUUCACGUCUGAUCCUGGAGGCAGAGCCAGCACCGGACCUCGUGCCGAUUUUCAUCGAAGGCUUUGACUCUAUCAUGCACGAGAGUCGCGGUUUCCCACGACCCAUCCCUCGCGCGGGAAAGGACGUUACUGUCACAUUCGGCGAUAAGAUUGAUACAGGGGACGCAUUCCGAGAUUUGAGAGAAAAAUGGGCGGCUCUGAAGCAACAUGCAGUACAACAGGGUGCAGAGAGUGACGAGUUGGGUGUGGUUCGCGACGAACAACUGAUGCAUGGAGCAGAGGCUGUACGCUUGCGAGAGGAGUGUACGAUGCGGGUUAGGGAAGCUGUGCUGGCCGUACGAAGGAGCAGAGGCUGGCCCGAUGAGGAUCCGAAAUGUGGUUUGUUUGAGACAUGGGCCAUGGAGGGUGCUGGUGAGGGGAGAAUGGCGGAUGGAUCUUAUACGAAGGACACAUGAAGAAGAACGGUUAGUGACAUCAAGGCGCGUCACCACGUCUUGGGUCACCUUUGCGCCGCAGGAUAGACUUGUAUUAUAUUAGAACGAGACAUGUAAUGACUGCUUGAACAUUAUUAAUCCUGGCAGAGCACUCGUUGCUGUGUGUUUUAAACAGCAAGAAAUGUUGACAGAAGCGCGUUGUCGACGCGUUGUG